GGCCCCGGCCGGUCGGUCCAGGAGUGCCCUGGGCCGGGGGCGCCCUCGGGCCGGGACCGUACGCCGCGGGGCCAGGGAUCCGAGGGAGAUCCCGUGCCCUACCCGGCCCUCGCCCCCACCGUCUUCUUCUGUCUUCAGCAGACCACCCGCCCCCGCAGCUGGUGCCUCGGACUGGUCUGUAACCCCUGGUUCGAGCACGUGAGCAUGCUGGCCAUCCUGCUGAAUUGUGUCACCCUGGGCAUGUUCCGGCCAUGCGAGGACGUGGAGUGCCGUUCCCAACGCUGUGCCAUCCUGGAGGCGUUUGACGACUUCAUCUUUGCCUUCUUUGCUGUGGAGAUGGUGGCCAAGAUGAUCGCCCUGGGGGUGUUCGGGCAGAAGUGUUACCUGGGAGACACGUGGAACCGCCUGGAUUUCUUCAUUGUUGUAGCUGGGAUGAUGGAAUAUUCCCUGGAUGGUCACAACGUCAGCCUGUCAGCUAUCCGGACCGUCCGAGUGCUCAGGCCCCUCAGAGCCAUCAACCGCGUGCCCAGCAUGCGGAUCCUGGUGACACUGCUGCUGGACACACUGCCAAUGCUGGGGAAUGUGCUGCUGCUCUGCUGCUUCGUCUUCUUCGUCUUCGGUGUCGUCGCGGUGCAGCUGUGGGCUGGCCUGCUAAGAAACAGGUGCUUCCUCGACAGCGACACUGCCAGGAGCCACAACCUGACAUUUCUGAAGCCGUACUACCAGCCAGAGGAUGGGGAGGAGAACCCGUACAUCUGCUCGGCCCACCGGGACAACGGCAUGCAGAAGUGCUCUGGCAUUCCCCGCUGGAAGGAGCAACGCCUGGAGUGCAACCUGAGUAUCGGGGAGGCCCCCGGCCCACAGGGCACCCCUCCAGGCACAGUCUCCCGGCACGCCUGUGUCAACUGGAACCAGUAUUACAAUGUCUGCAGGACUGGCGACGUCAACCCCCACAACGGUGCCAUCAACUUCGACAAUAUCGGCUAUGCCUGGAUUGCCAUUUUCCAGGUCAUAACCCUGGAAGGAUGGGUGGAGAUCAUGUACUACGUCAUGGAUGCUCAUUCUUUUUACAAUUUCAUAUAUUUCAUCCUGCUAAUAAUCGUGGGCUCCUUCUUCAUGAUCAACCUAUGCCUGGUGGUGAUUGCCACGCAGUUCUCAGAGACGAAGCAAAGGGAAAACCAGCUGAUGCGGGAGCAGCGGGCCCGAUCCCUGUCCAACGACAGCACACUGGCCAGCUUCUCCGAACCCGGCAGCCUCUAUGACGAAUUGCUCAAGUACCUGGGCCACAUUUUCCGCAAGGCCGAGCGCCGAGCGGGGCGCCUCUAUGCCCGCUGGCAGAGCCACUGCCGGAAGGUCGGCCCCGACGGACCAGGGGGCCGGGGCCGGGUGGGCCGGGGGCGGGGCCGGACGGCCUCCCCAUGCCCGCUUGCCCGGCACCACCACCACCACCAUCACCACCACCACCAUCAUCACCACCACCACUACCACCACUACCACCUGGGCAAUGGGAGUCCGGGCCCCGAGCUCCUGAGGUUGGAUGUGGAGGAGGACCAGACAGGAGGCCAGCUCGUGCUCCCGGUGCCAGCCCCCCGGCCUUGGAGCCCCCAGCCUGACUCCGCUUCUGCACGUAGCAUCUACCAUUCCAACUGUCAUGUGAUGGGGCUCGGGGAUGGUGGGAGGCAGGACCCCAGGCCCGACCCUCCGAGCGGCAGGAACUACCCAAUCAUCCUGCCUUCUGCCGCCACCAGACCGGCCAGUGGUGUCUCCGUGCCCAGCGUCAGGGGGACCCCAGGGAGCCCUGUGGCCGGACCCCAAAGCCCCACCCAACUGGAUGUGGACACUUGCAAGAAGCUGCGUUGGCCUGUCAGGGAGCCUGGUCCAGGCCAGACUGUGAAUGUCCCGUUGUCCACACUGAGCACUCCCCGUCCCCUGCAGCGCCUCCAGGAUGGCCUGCCUCCCUGUGACUCCCAGAGCUGCCCUCUCUGCUCCCGCCCCCUCGAGGACUGCGAGUUUGAAUUCAGUGAGUCGGGGAGCUGCGACUCUGACCCCAGUGGCACCUACGAGUUCACCCGCGACCUGAGGCGCCGGGACCACCGGGACCCGGUCCAGCGGACCGGCCGGUUGCGGGGCCGAACGGAGACACCGCAGAGGAGGAACAAGGCCAUCAGGCUCUGGCUGGCCUUUGGCCACAGACUGGAGCGGAUCGUGGAUAGCAAGUACUUCAACAGGGGCAUCAUGGCUGCCAUCUUGGUCAACACCCUGAGCAUGGGGGUAGAGUACCAUGAGCAGCCAGACGAGCUGACCAAUGCCCUGGAAAUAAGCAAUUCGGUAUUCACCAGCGUCUUCGCCCUGGAGAUGCUGCUGAAGCUGUUGGCGUGCGGCCCCAUCGGCUACGUCAAGAACCCGUACAACAUCUUCGAUGGGGUCAUCGUGGUCAUCAGCGUAUGCGAGAUCAUCGGGCAGGCGGACGGCGGCCUAUCAGUGCUCAGGACGUUUCGGCUGCUGCGAGUGCUCAAGCUGCUGCGCUUCCUGCCCGCCCUGCGCCGCCAGCUGGUUGUGCUUGUGAAGACCAUGGACAACGUGGCCACCUUCUGCAUGCUACUCAUGCUCUUCAUCUUCAUAUUCAGCAUUCUGGGAAUGCAUCUGUUUGGAUGCAAGUUCAGCCUCAAGACAGAUACGGGGGACACGGUUCCAGACCGGAAAAACUUUGAUUCUUUGCUCUGGGCCAUAGUCACUGUGUUCCAGAUCCUCACGCAGGAAGACUGGAAUGUGGUGCUGUACAACGGCAUGGCAUCCACAUCCUCCUGGGCUGCCCUCUACUUUGUGGCGCUGAUGACCUUUGGCAACUACGUGCUCUUCAACCUGCUCGUGGCCAUCCUGGUCGAAGGGUUCCAGGCUGAGGAAAAUGGACACAAGACCCCAGCCAGGAAUCUACUCCAUGUCCCCCUACUUUGGUUGCAGGGCGAUGCAAACAAGUCUGACACAGAUGAGGACAAAACAUCCGUCAAUGUGGAGGACGAUUUUGACAAAAUCAGCGAACUGUGGGCCUCAGUUACUCAACCUGGGUCUUGGCAUCAUCAGCCCCCAGACAUGAAACAUUUCUCUCUGUCUGUGAUGGGUAACGGUCACCUGGAUGGCCGGGGCAGCCUGCCCCCACCGAUGAUCCUGCACACGGCAGCAACCCCUGGGCCGACCCCUCAAGGCUCACCACAGCUGGACUCCGGGCCCGCCCUGCUUGGGCGCCAGUGGGCUGACUCCGCUUCCAAUAAUCCCCUGCACUGUGACCAAAGAUCCUCGGCCAGCCCGCGCAGCUCACCCUGUGCCUCUAGAUCUCCCUCUGGCCCCACUGUCAGCCGUCGCGCCAGCUGGAACAGCCUGGGCCGCCCGCCCAGCCUCAAGCGGAGGAGCCACUCGGGCGAGCGUCAGUCCCUCCUGGCCGGCGAGGGCAGGGGCAGUGCCGAUGAUGACGCUGACGACACCCUGCCUGGCGCCAGGCCACCACCCAUCCGCCAAGCUGAGUCUCUGGACUGCCGCCUUUUCAGUCCGCCCACCCCCGAGUGCCCCACCCCCAGCCCUGGGCCAGCCACUGACCACCAUGGCACCCACAGCCAGGCACUGCAUGGAAAUGGUGAGCUCUUUCUGCACCUGGAUGCCUGCAGGGACCAGGCCCUCGACUACGAUGAUGACGUGGAAGACGGCUUCUGCUUCAGGGUGCAUCAGGUUCUGGAUCGGUACAAGCCUGGCUGGUGCAAGAGUCAUGAAGACUGGUCCCUGUACCUGUUUUCCCCACAGAACCGGGUCCGAGUUAUGUGUCACAGAUUCAUUGCCCACAAGAUGUUCGACCAUGUGGUCCUGGCCUUCAUCUUCCUCAACUGCAUCACCAUUGCCCUGGAGCGGCCGGACAUCGACCCCAGCAGCACAGAACGGGUCUUCCUGAGUGUCUCCAAUUACAUUUUCACCGCCAUUUUUGUGGUGGAGAUGAUGGUGAAGGUGACAGCCCUGGGCUUCUUCUCGGGGGAUGACGCCUACCUGCAGAGUGGCUGGAACGUGCUGGACGGUCUGCUGGUGUUCGUGUCCAUCACGGACAUCGUCGUCUCCAUGGCGCCAGCAGGCGGGGCCAGGAUCCUGGGUGUCCUGCGGGUGCUGAGGCUUCUGCGUACCCUGAGGCCUCUCCGGGUGAUCAGCCGGGCUCCAGGCCUGAAGCUGGUGGUGGAGACGCUGAUCUCAUCUCUGAGGCCCAUCGGAAAUAUCGUUCUCAUCUGCUGCGCCUUCUUCAUCGUUUUCGGCAUCCUGGGGGUGCAGCUUUUCAAGGGAAAAUUCUACUACUGUGAGGGCUCGGACACAAAGAACAUCACCACGCGGGGAGACUGCAGCCUGGCCCACUAUCGCUGGGUCCGCAGAAAGUAUAACUUCGACAACCUGGGGCAGGCGCUGAUGUCCCUCUUCGUCCUGUCCUCUAAAGACGGCUGGGUAAACAUCAUGUACGAUGGGCUGGAUGCCGUGGGCGUUGAUCAGCAGCCCAUCCAGAACCACAACCCGUGGAUGCUCCUGUACUUCAUCUCCUUCCUGCUCAUCGUCAGCUUUUUUGUGCUGAACAUGUUCGUGGGCGUGGUAGUGGAGAACUUCCACAAGUGCCGGGAGCACCAAGAGGCUGAGGAGGCGCGCCGGCGUGAGGAGAAGCGGCUGCGACGUCUUGACAAGAAGCGCAGGAAAGCCCAGCGCCGGCCAUACUACGCAGAUUAUUCGCCACUCCGCCUCUCCAUCCAUACGCUCUGCACCAGCCACUACCUCGACCUGUUCAUCACCUUCAUCAUUGGAGUCAACGUCAUCACCAUGUCUAUGGAGCACUAUAACCAGCCCAAGUCCCUGGAUGAAGCACUGAAAUAUUGCAAUUACGUCUUCACCAUCGUGUUCGUCUUCGAGGCAGUCCUCAAGUUGGUGGCGUUCGGAAUCCGGCGCUUCUUUAAAGACAGGUGGAACCAGCUGGAUCUGGCUAUUGUGCUUCUGUCCACCCUGGGCAUCACACUGGAGGAGAUUGAGAUAAAUGCUGCUCUACCCAUCAACCCCACCAUCAUCCGCAUCAUGCGAGUCCUGAGGAUCGCCAGAGUGCUCAAGCUGCUCAAAAUGGCCACGGGGAUGCGAGCCCUGCUGGACACUGUGGUACAGGCACUGCCCCAGGUGGGGAACCUGGGCCUACUUUUCAUGCUCCUGUUUUUUAUCUAUGCUGCGCUGGGAGUGGAGCUGUUUGGAAAGUUAGACUGCAGCGAUGACAACCCCUGCGAGGGGCUGAGCCGGCAUGCCACUUUCUCCAACUUUGGUAUGGCGUUCCUCACCCUGUUCCGCGUCUCUACUGGAGACAACUGGAACGGAAUCAUGAAGGAUACGCUACGGGAGUGCCCACGGGAGGACAAGCACUGCCUCAGCUACCUGCCCGUCAUCUCGCCCAUCUACUUCGUCACCUUUGUGCUCAUUGCACAGUUCGUGUUGGUCAAUGUGGUGGUGGCUGUGCUCAUGAAGCACCUGGAGGAGAGCAACAAGGAGGCCAGGGAGGAUGCCGAGAUGGAUGCCGAGAUUGAGCUGGAGAUGGCACAGACCGGGCCAGGACCAGUUAGCCGCCGGCCCCGUGGGAGCCCCCCAGGCUGCAGGAUGUCCCAGCCAGCCCCGGAUAGGGCUGGUCUUCUGCAGGCAGGGCCGGAUGCCCAGAACCUCCGAGUCGUCCGCAAGAUUCCUGUCUCCAGGAUGCACUCUCUGCCCAAUGAUAGCUACAUGUUCCGACCUUUGGUGCCGGCCCAGGCCCCACGUCCGCUGCCUGAGGAGGACCCUGGGCCCCAGGACCUGGACAAUGAGCUCCAGGCCUCUCAGGUCCCGACAGGCUCUGGGACACCAGCGCACUCACAGCCUGAGGGGACCGGCUCGUCUCUGGCCCUCACUCCGAGAACAGGGUCCUUCCACUCCAAAAGCGGUGACCUCCCUGGGACCCAACUUCGCUCCCCCAGCCUCAGCCGCCUACUAUGCCGACAGGAGGCCGUGAGGACCGACUCGGUGGAUGGCUUACCGGCUGAAUGUGAAGAGGACCCACUGGGAUGCCCCGCUGAGGACAAACCACUCCCCUCCCCGCCAAGGGCCUCUUCUCCUGGGUCGGCUGAGAUCCCCAUACACCCGCACCCCUCCAGCCCCCAAGGCGAGCCGUGCGACCUGGCGGAUGAGGAAGUCAGCCACAUUAACAGCGCGGCGCGGGCGCGCGGGGUUCCAGGGCCAGCCAGGAGCCACUCGGCCUACACCUCCCCAGGCCCUGGCCCCCGGGCUCCCGGCCCUACCUCCAGCACCAGUGCCGGCAGCCUGGCCCAGGGCCCUGGGCAUGACCGGGACUUGCGCAAGUUCUACAGCGUCGAUGCGCAUGGCUUCCUGGACCAGCCCGGCUGGGCCGGCGACCAGCGGCGCCACUCCAUCGAGAUUUGCCCGGCCCGACCUGAGACCCCCAGCCCGUCCCAGCCCGAGGCAGACCCCGCACCUCCUGGUGGCCGGCGCAAAAAGAAGAUGAGCCCGCCUUGCAUCGCCAUCGACCCUCCCGGGGGCAGCCGGGAAGGCGGUCCCCAGCGCUCCCUGGUGACACCGGGGGCGGCACCCAUGGCGGCAGAGGCCAGCACUAUGCUGAGGCGGCGGACCCCGUCCUGGGAGCCUGGUGCCCCCCGGGGCCCAGCGGACCAGGCCGAUGCCCCACCCGGGGACCUGCUGCUGCUGCUGCCGCCGACCCGAGCCUGCCGCUGGGAGCGCCUGGCCGUCCCCCACUCGGCCUUCGAGUCACCCGUCCCCGGCACGGGGGACCGCUCCUCCGAACCCUGGCCCGGGGCACCCUCUGACAGGAGCCAGGAGACUCCGCCCAGGAGUCCCCACCCUGAGACACUGCCCCCAGAUGGAGGCGGGGCCCGGCCUGCAUAACCAAUGGGGCGGGGCCUGGGAAGGACCUGCCACAAGGAGCGGCCCAGAGAACGGACAGAGCACAGGCAUCGGGGCCAUCCAGGGGCGGGGCAGAGCGCAGGCUUCGGGGCCGACUGGGGCUGGGCAGGGCGUAGGUGUCGAGGCCGUCCGGGGCAGGAUGCCCAACCCCGAGGGGCGAUGCCCAGUCCGGGGAGCAGGAAGAGGCAGAGGACGUGGCCAGGGAGCCCCAGCCUGGGCUUGGACAAUUUUCUAGAGAAUAAUGAUGUUUUGCAUUCUCGCCGGGCUCCACGCUGGGGGCAUUUUCCAGUGUUGCACACGGGGAUCGUCCCGCUGACUCUUGGUUUUUCCUUAGGAUUUCUCUUUCUUUUCCAUUCAUUCCCCCCGAUGCCCAAUCCCCUUUCCCUCAUCUCCAUCCCUUGGGGGCAGGCAGCCUCCACCCAGCAGCAGCUGCAGCCAUCAUAUUUAUUGAGACCCCACUGGGGAUGGUGCCCUGUGCUAAAUGGUUGGGCAAAACAAAACUAAUCAGGGACACGGGUUCCCUGCCUGCAAGGAGCUUACGCUCCAACAAGGCUGCUCUGGGCUUUUGAAAGCAGUUGACAGUGCAAGCCAGAGCUAUUGAACCAAAGCCAGGGCUGGAACAAAUUCUCACCCUCUCGUUCUCCUCCUGAAGCCCUCUGUUUUGACCCUGUCUUCUCCCAAAUUGAAUUCGGGUCCUUGGAGAUGGAGCGGGGUGGGGUGGAGUGGUGCACAACAAUCAGAGGACGGCACAGAAGGUCGGGGGCCACCAUGGAGGGGAAUGGGAGCAGUCCAGAAGACGUGGCGUGAAUGUGCCUGAGACCUGUGUAGGGAUGGAAUUCUGCCUCCCUCUGAGACAAAGAUGUUUCAGCUGGGGAGGGGAGGAUUUAGCAGAAUUGUGACUGGCCAGGAACAAGGAUGCCAGCGUUUCAACUAAGUUCUGAGCACUUCCUGAGAGCACUGAGAGCACUGAAAACACUGUGCCAAGCUCUCGGGGGAGUACAAUAGAGUUAGUCAUCCCAUAUAUAGUGUUUAUAGGGCAGAACACUGUGCUCAGUGCCUGAGAGGGAACAGUAGAGAUAGAAGACACUGUCCCCAUUCUCAAAGCCAUGAUCCACGUCCUUCAGAGCCUGGGGUUUUGGCGGGGGGGGGGGGCAUAGGGGAGAAGCCCUCCACUAGGGGACCCCCAAAUUGAACAAGGAAGAAGACCCGAGGCCCAGCCCAUUGAGACAUCUUUGCUCUGAGAAACUUGGGGUGCCCGUUUCCAUCCCAUGUGGAGGGACCAGCGGAUCUAGCCCGCCAUCCAGUGAAGAGACUGCCCCCUCCCCCACCGCCUUGCGCUGUUACCCGUCCCCCUGACUCACAUUUACGCUCUCAUGUACUAUCUAGGGUUUCCUCUGCAUAUUCAUUCUGCAUCGACAGUGUAUCGCGCGCCGCACGUAUUAAACUGUACAAGCUGGA